AUGCACAGAUUAGCAAGAAUAUACACUAGUCUUGGUCGCCCCACAGAGGCAUUAUCCAUCUAUUCGCAGAUCCAACCACCCGUUACCGCGAAGGAUAAAGGCCCUGCGGAGACAAUGUUGCAUCAUAUCACCCAGGCAGAAGGUUCUCUACGGGAUGAUAGAGGAGGCUCUAUGACGUUAUAUUGCCUGGAUCAGGCCGUAAAAGCGCUAGGAUUUGGCGUGACUCAACCGCGCAAAUGGAGGCUGAUGCGAGUGGAAGCGUAUCUAAAGAUGGGAAAUGUUAAUUCAUUGGGUGAUGCUCAAAACAUCGUCAUGUCCAUGUUACGAGAUAACAAUCAGGAUCCGGAUGCGUUAUUACUCCGGGGCCGACUAUUUUACGCCCAAGGAGAGAACGAGCAGGCAAUCAAACACUUUAAACUCGCUCUGAGCCUAGACCCGGACUCCACGCAGGCGAUCCGUUAUCUCCGCAUGGUGCAGAAACUCCUCCGAAUGAAAGAUGAAGGAAACGCAGCUUUCAAGUCGAGAAAAUACCAAGAAGCUAUCGAUCUGUACACUAAGGCCCUGGAAGUUGACCCAAAAAAUAAGGACAUCAACUCCAAACUGCUCCAGAACCGUGCCCAGGCCUAUCUUAACCUUAGCAUCUACGACAAAGCAAUUGAAGACUGCACAAGUGCACUCAAACUCGAUCCUGCAUACGUAAAGGCGCAACGGGUGCGGGCAAAGGCGUACGGAGCCGCGGGCAACUGGGAGGAAGCAUCGCGUGAAUUCAAAAAGAUUGCGGAGGCUAAUCCCAACGAAAAGGGUAUUCAGGAAGAAGUUCGAAAUGCAGAGUUUGAGCUUAAGAAGAGCCAGCGGAAAGAUUACUAUAAGAUUCUUGGCGUCGAUAAGAACGCGACGGAGCAGGAGAUUAAGAAAGCGUAUAGGAAGAUGGCGAUUCAGCAUCAUCCGGAUAAGAAUCUUGAUGGCGAUAAGGGAGAUACACAGUUUAAGGAGAUUGGAGAGGCGUAUGAAAUUUUGAGUGAUCCUCAGAAACGUGCCAGCUAUGACAAUGGUGAUGACCUCUUAGACCCUACGGACAUAUUCGCGCGCGGUGGCGGUGCCUCCUUCGCGCACAUGGGUGGCAUGGGCGGUAUGGGAGGUAUGGGAGGCAUGGGCGGAAUGGGAGGUAUGGGCGGCGGGCAGAAUAUCCAUAUUGACCCCAACAUCCUAUUUAAUAUGAUGAACGGGGGCGGUUUUGCGCGGGGUGGCGGCCAAAACCCAUUCGAGAGCUCCUACCACCAACACGGAUGGUAA